AAGUGAUGAGUUGAAGCUCUGACACAUUGAGCAGCUCCUCGUUAUACACAAUUGCUUAUUGAAAAAAAAACAGUGUCAUUGCUUACUGUUGAAGAAACUUGAGCUAUUAACAAUGAGGAAAGCUGUGUUCAUCAACACCACUGCCAUCAUCAUCACCAUCACCAUCAUCAUCAUCAACACUUUAGCAGUUGUUUGCACAUGGAAAAAAGACAUUGUCUAUGAACUGGACAUGGCCCUGGAUUCUGUUGAUGACCAGUACAUAGGCUGCUUCUAUGAAAUGUUCAACCGGAUUAAAACCAAGAUCCUACAGGAAGAGUUAAAAAAAAAUCAGAAAUUUGAAAGAGCUUGGAAUAAGUAUUCAAACAUUACUGAUAAUUUUACAAGAAUAAUAAAGGUCUACACUGAACCUGGUAAACUUUAUAAACAAUUCAAUGAUGCUGUCGGCUCAGGAAUAAAAAAUUACCACACUCAAUUUAACUACAAAGCCUUUCAUUUCUUGCUAACACGCGCCGUACAAAUGCAUAAAGUACAGAAAUGUGUUGAUGUUUUCCGCAGAACCGAUGUUUAUUUUAAGAGUAACGUUUCUAAUCCUGUAAUGCGAUUUGGCAGGUUUACUUCGACUUCAUUUAGAAAUAACAUGACUAAGUUUGGCAAUAUUUCCUGUUUUAAGAUUAAAACAUGCUACGGUGCAAACAUAUCCGCCAUUUCUGUGUACCCUAAUGAGGAAGAGGUGCUAAUCCCACCUUUUGAAAAAUUCAAAAUCACAAACACUGAAAACAACAAGAUGAACUGCGGUGUCCUUUACACUCUACAGAGCGCGGGAACUUGUAGCAAUAUGAACUGUGAGCUGUUUAAAAUGAAAUCAACGGUAAAGUGUUGAUAUCAAUGUGUUGAUGUUAUUAUAACACCACUGCUAACAUGACUGGAUAACUUCAUACAUGAUGUAACAUGUUCUAAGCAUGUGUUGAUGUCAGCGAGAUAUCUUAUUUGUUAUUACAUUAUAAAAUUGCAAUAUAAUUACAUGAUUGUAAUUUUAACAAUUUUACCUGAGCUUUUGUCUGAACAGAAUCUAGCAACGUUUUGUAGCACAGCACCAAUUUAAAGUCUGAAAAAAAAAUUGUGAAGACUGUUUAUUAUUAAAAUGUGACAACAUGUAUAGACUGUUUGUUAUAUGCUUUUCUCAAUUUUUUUUAAUGACAGU